GGUUGUUUGCGUGGACAAAACAUAAUAAAGAAAAUGAAUGAAUCUGAGAUUCCCAUUGACAUACACACGUUGAAGCUGCAGGAUUGGCUGAUUAGCAGGCGCAUCGUACCCAAGAACAUCCAGGCAGCCGUUAAGGAUAUACAUGGAAAAAUUGGCAACGCGCUGCAAGACAUGCCGUCUAAUGAGCAGCUUAUCAAGUUGCUGACAGGCACGAAUAUCAACUAUUUCCAUGUCAAGGAGAUAAUCGAAAUACUCAAGCAAACAGAAAAGGAUACUAAAAGUGUUUUUGGUACCUACGGUAGUCAGCGUAUGAAGGACUGGCAGGAAAUAUUGCGCCUGUAUGAAAAGAACAGCACAUACCUCGCCGAAGCAGCUCAGAUAUAUGUACGUAAUAUUAACUACGAAAUACCGGGUCUGCGAAAACAAAUGACCAAACUGGAGCAGCAAACUGAUGAGUGCUUGAAAAGAGCACACGACCUCAACAAGCCGGAGGCUCAGCUUCUUUCCGAGCAUACUGCAUUGCUGCAACAGCUGGGAGUUAAGGGUGACAAUCUGCAAGCAGAAUUCGUUGAGGUUCUUGCGGGCUUGCCUGAACUGUAUAACAAGUCCAUAAAAGACAUUGGCAGGGUGCAGGCGGCUAUCGACAUAUACGCAGAGGUCAGUGGGCAGCAGCAGGGCCUUCCUAUCUUGCGUCAUCUGGUGGAGCAUGGCAACACAACUGUCUACCAAUAUAUUCAUAAAGAGGCACCACUCAAUGUUGAAGAACCGGCCAUAAAACUGAGCUUUAGUGAAGCCAACACAAAAAAGGAUAGCGUGGGAGAAAAUGCAACCAAUGAAAUUGAUUUUGGCACUGAUGAUAAUGGUGGCACUUCGUCAACUGUUUCAGGAGAAAUGAUCGACUAUGGCGACUUAGGUAACUCUGAUCUGCCGGAAUCCGAUAAUGGUAAUAUUGAUUGGGGCAUUGAGAGUGCCCCAACUGAUGCAGUAGAAAUAAAUUUCGACAUUCCAAUCGAAGAGUAUGGCAUUGUGGUCGAGGGUACUGGUAUGGAUGGUGGCACUGCUAAAGGUGAACAGGCUUAUACACUACUUGACUCACCAAAUUAUCGUGAUCGCUUUCUCGAUGAAAUUUACGAGUUGGAGGCAUUUCUACGUUUACGUCUCUACGAGCUCAAUCAUUUGGAAACUUCCAGUAAUAUUAUGUUCACACUAAUGGACAAUGUUGGGAGUCAUGACUCCCAAGACGUACGCAAACUACUAUCGGAUGUUGAAAAAAUUAUAAAACAGACGUCCGAUGAGCAAACGCGUCACUUGUUCCAAUUGAAGCAUUCGCCGAAAUAUGCCGAUCUUCUGGCUACAAAACUGAAGCAGAUGACGAAUGCUGUGGAGAAGGUCCGAAAUACGCGUGAGGUGCUUAAAAAGCGUGCUGUAGAUCUGCGCGAAGAGCGACAGCAACUGAAUCCUGUAUUGGACGAGCUGAUUGCACAAACCCGGGUAUUACAGUCGCAUAUUGAAAAGGAUAUUUCUAAACGCUAUAAGAAUCGUGUUGUAAAUAUUAUGGGUGGAGUAAACUAAUGACGUUGGAUGUUUUGUAAGUUCAUGGUGUUAAAAUAUAAUGGCAUAUAAAUCAAUUGUUAAAAAAAAUUGUUUUUUUUUAUAAACCAAUGUCUAAUAGACUGAAUUAUUCAGACUGUGUGUCUAAUAAUUCAAUCAAGGACUACGGCCAUAUGCUUUAUA